CGGCCCGCCCCGUGCCGCCGGGGCCGGGGCUGGAGCUCGGGGGCUCCGCCGCCCCCCGCCGCGCCAUGGAGCUGGAGAACAUCGUGGCCAACACCGUGCUGCUGAAGGCCCGCGAAGGUGGUGGCGGCAAGCGGAAAGGCCGGAGCAAGAAGUGGAGGGAGAUCCUGCGGUUCCCGCACAUCAGCCAGUGCAACGAGCUGCGGCGAGGCCUGGAGCCGAACUACGGCAGCCUGUGCGAGAAGCAGCCCAUCGGGCGGCUGCUCUUCCGACAGUUCUGCGAGACGCGGCCGGAGCUCCUGCGCUGCAUUCGCUUCCUGGACGCUGCGGCGGACUACGAGCUGGCCCCGGAUGAGAAGCGCAAGGAGAUGGGCGAGGAGAUCAUCUUCAGGUUCCUGCGGCAGGAGUCCCCCGAUUACCUGCCCGAGAUCAGCCAGGCCCACGUCAGCCAGUGCCUGGAGGAGCUGCAGAAAAGCCCCUGCAAAGAGCUCUUCAGCAGCUGCCUGCACCCCCUGCGCCAGUACCUGAGCAGGGCGCCCUUCGCCGACUACCUGGACAGCAUGUACUUCGACCGCUUCCUGCAGUGGAAGUACCUGGAGAGGCAGUCGGUCACCAAGGACACGUUUCGGCAGUACAGGAUCCUGGGCAAAGGCGGCUUCGGAGAGGUGUGCGCCUGCCAGGUGCGCGCCACGGGGAAGAUGUACGCCUGCAAGAAGCUGGAGAAGAAACGGAUCAAGAAGCGGAAAGGGGAGGCGAUGGCCCUGAAUGAGAAGCAGAUCCUGGAGAAGGUCAACAGUCGCUUCGUGGUGAGCCUGGCGUACGCCUACGAGACCAAGGACGCGCUGUGCCUGGUGCUGACCAUCAUGAACGGCGGCGACCUCAAGUUCCACAUCUACAACAUGGGCAACCCCGGCUUCGAGGACGAGCGCGUGGUCUUCUACGCGGCCGAGAUCUGCUGCGGCCUCCAGCACCUGCACCAGGAGGGCAUCGUGUACAGGGACCUGAAGCCAGAGAACAUCUUACUGGAUGACGAUGGCCACAUCAGGAUCUCCGACCUGGGGCUGGCGAUCAAGAUCCCCGAGGGCGAGACGAUCCGGGGCCGCGUGGGCACCGUGGGCUACAUGGCCCCCGAGGUGAUCAACAACGAGCGCUACGCCUUCAGCCCCGACUGGUGGGGCCUGGGCUGCCUGGUGUACGAGAUGAUCGCGGGGCAGUCGCCCUUCCGUGCCCGCAAGGAGCGGGUGAAGCGGGAGGAGGUGGAGAAGCGGGUGCAGGAGCAGCAGGAGCACUACUCCGACAAGUUCAGUGAGGACGCCAGGGCCAUCUGCACGCUGCUCCUGGCCAAGGACCCCCAGCAGCGGCUGGGCUGCGGGGCGGACGGGGCCGCCGAGGUGAAGCGCCAUCCCUUCUUCAGGACCAUCAACUUCAAGCGCCUGGAGGCCGGCAUCACGAAGCCCUCGUUCGUGCCGGAUCCCCGGGCCGUGUAUUGCAAGGACGUGCUGGACAUCGAGCAGUUCUCCACCGUGAAAGGCGUCAACCUGGACCAAGCCGACAACGAUUUCUAUGCCAAGUUUGCCACCGGCAGCGUCUCCAUCCCCUGGCAGAACGAGAUGAUCGAGACCGAGUGCUUCAAGGACCUCAACGUCUUCGGACCCAAUGGGACCCGCUCCCCGGACCUUGGACUGGAGGCAGCUGCCCGAGCCCCCCAAGCGCAGCCUUCUGCAGCGCCUCUUCCGCCGCCACCCAGCCGACUACACCAUCGGUGCCAACGUGCCGUCCCCGCAGCCGGCAGCCACGAACUCGCACCUUCCCGCGGCCGGCGCCGCCUGCCAAGCCCAGAGCACGGCACCGGCACCGUCCUGACCCUGCUCCUCCGUCCCCGGGGAGCCGGGGCAGCCCCGAGCCCCCUCCUUGCCGUCUCAGGGCCAUCUUGGACUGCAGUGGGUGCUGCCAGGGCCGGGGUCUCGUGGAGGCGAGGUGGGACAAAGGCCAGCAGGGGCUGGUGUGCGCGGUGGCGGAGGGGCGCAGGGGGGAAGCAGAUCCUGUCCCAAUCCCGAUGUGACCCCACAGCUUCCCAGCCCCUCUCCCCAGCCCACCAGCUCCCCGUUUUGGGGGUCAGCACCUGCCGAGGGCACCCUGGGGGCUCCUCUCCCCCCACCCCAGGGCUGGGUUCGGGUGCUGUGACUGGCAGCACCCAUUUUUGCUGUGUUUGAGCCCGGGCAGUGCCGGCGUUAUCUUAUCGCCAGCUCCGAGCGUGACCUCUGCGGGCGCGGGGGGGCCGCGGGUUUAUCUGCGCUCUCCAAAUAGAAACAAAGCAGCCUUGGGGCGGGGGGGCUGGGAGCACCCCGGGGUCCUGCACGGGCUGGGGACGUGGGGAGGGACCUGCCCGGGGGGGGCACAGCCUCGUUCCCCCCCCUUGCUUGAGCCACUGACGGCCGCCAGAAUGUGAAAUGGGCUCAGAAAAGGGAAUUUUCCUGCGAGGGGCAGCAGCACGUGUAGGGGGGUGUGCUGGCAACGUGGGGCUGGGCCCCAUGGCGCUGGGGGGCCAGGACCCCGUGCAGAGCCGAGCCCCCCAGCAGAGACGUCCUUUAUUUUUGUAUGGUGCGCGCGGCGGGGCCCUCGAUCCCUUGCAGUGCUGUACGCCCCCUGGUUCCUGCGCGUUCGGUUUGGGUUUUGUACAUUUGUAAACAGUUGUAAAUAUUUGUACGG